GAUCUAGACCUCCUUCUGAGCUUUGACAGAAGCACUGAUCAACCAACUGUCCUGUAGGUAGCUGGUGAGAAAUGGCACUUGCUCCGCGCUCGGCUCUGCCUCUGCGCUCCCUGGUGUGGCUAAGGAUCAUGUCGCACAGCAAGCCAUAUCUGAUCUCUUUCUCCUCCUCGUCCUCCUCCGACGAUGCCAUUCUGCUGGCAGCUCGAGGAACUGCCACUCCAGUUGCUCGUGCCGUUCAGCCUCCAACCGCUCCAGGUUCGAGUUGUGGCGGGUCCGUUACUCCGGAGCAAAGAGUUCUUCACCCACUUCCAUCUAGCACACCUAAAUUUCCAAUCCACAAGCCUUCUCGUCCCGCCCUCCAAUAUCCUGACCAGCCAUGCAACAUACUUCAGCCUCUGAAAGACAAACCUUUGCCGGCAAAACAUGGUGAUCACAAAGUUCCCCAAAGCCCCAAGUUUAGCCACUUCCCGAACCAGUCGAUUGCUGAGCCUGUUGGCAAGUCUUUGACGCCCCUGGAAGAUCCUAGACACUCUGUCCCUGGUGAUUCAUGUAUCACACUUCAACCUGUAACUCACAAGUAUUCACCGAAAGCACGUCCUAAUCACAAAGUUUGUGAAGAUCCUGAUAUUCGAGAUCGCCGAAUUCCCAAGGACAGGUCACUCCACGAGCCGCCGCACCCAACUCCUGCCCCUUUCAUCAACGAGCAUGCUUACAAGUCUCCGCCGAAACCAUAUCCUGAUCACAAAGUUUGUGAAAAUCUUGAUAUUCGAGUUCGCCAAAUUCCCAAGGAUGGCUCUUUCCGCGAGCCGCCACACCCAAGUCCUGACCCUUUCGUCAACGAGCAUGCUUACAAGUCUUCACCGAAACCACAUCAUGAUCACAAAGUUUGCGAAGAUCCUCCUAUUCGAGUUAGCUCUAUCCGCCCGCCGCCGCACCCAACUCCUGACCCUUAGUCGAUGAGCACGCUUACAAGUCUUCGCCGAAAGAACAUCAUGAUCACAAUGUUUGCGAAGAUCCUGAUAUCCGAGUUCGCCCAAUUCCCAAAGAUAGCUCAUUCCACAAGCCGCCGCACCCAACUCCAGACCCUAUCAUCGACGAUCACGACAAAGUUUGAACACCCCAUCGAUGAGUCUUGGACGGGAAUUGCCAGUUAUUCAGGCCCUACGAGCAAAGGCUUGCAGUGGUGAGCUAGGAUAAAAAUCUCGGCAGUUACUGUCAUGUUACCGCCGCAACGACCAUGUAAUCUCAAUGUUGCCAUAUUUUUUUUUCUUUCGAAAAGGAGGAAUACCCCCGGCCUCUGCAUCAAUGUAACAUCAAUGCUGUCACAUGGAGUGAUAUUUUGUAAUGUUCCAAUCAACUUUAUCAAAUAAAGGUGUACGUUAGAUUUUCGUUUGA